AUGGAGGCAAUCCAGAAUCUUUUCUCUGCACCAAUACGCCAAGCCAGCAUCCUGGCCCUGGCGCCGUGUUUUCCUUUUUUAGCCAUUACACCAGCACCUUUGCUCUGUUCUCAAGCACUCAUCUUCCUUUUAACAAAGAAAAACGAUGGUGUCUGUGUCUUUAAAUGCUUACUCAACAGAGACACUGAAUGUUGCCGUGUGGGGAAGGAAUCCAUCUUGAUUACUCUGGGGUACAGCAGUGCUUUGCUGAAGUUUGAGUCUCAUGCUGAAUUCAGUGCAUUUGCAAAUACUUUGAAAAUAUGCCGAAAUCAAAAAAAGGAAUACUAGGUGUUCAGCCAGUGGACAGAAGAAGCAUCUGCUGCACAGUACUUCCAGUUUUAUGGCUGCAUUUCUCAACAGCAGAACAUGAUGCAAGAUUUUGUGAGGACAGCCACUUACCACAGAGCUGUCCUCCAGAAUCACAUUGACUUUAGAGACAAGGUAAUACCGGCAGCAGUGGUUCUAGAUGUUGGUUGUGGAUCGGGAAUCCUGUCAUUUUUUGCCAUACAGGCUGGAGCUAGGAGAGUUUAUGCAGUUGAAGCCAGUUCAGCAGCACAGUAUGCUGAGAUGCUAGUGAAAAACAAUCACCUUUCAGGCAAGAUCAUUGUUUUGCCAGGAAAAAUUGAAGACAUCUCACUUCCUGAGGCUGUAGAUGUGAUCAUUUCCGAACCAAUGGGAUACAUGCUGUUCAAUGAACGGAUGCUAGAGAGUUAUCUUCAUUCCAAAAAAUGGCUAAAAUCAAAUGGAAUGAUGCUCCCAACAUUCAGCGACAUCCACUUGGCCCCUUUUUCUGAUGAACAGCCCUAUGUGGAACACUUCUCCAGAGCCAAUUUUUGUUACCAGCAAUGUUUCUAUGGGGUCAAUCUGUCCAGUCUCCGGGGUGCAGCAGUGGAUGAAUACUUCAGGCAGCCAAUAGUAGACACAUUCGAUGUUAGGAUUUUGAUGGCUCAAAUAGUCAAAUACACAGUAAACUUUAUGGAUGCAGAAGAGGAAGAUCUACACAGAUUUGUGCAAAUCAUAGAAAUUCCCUUUGUGUUUCGGAUAGCACAGUCUGGGCUCAUCCAUGGCCUGGCGUUCUGGUUUGAUAUGGCAUUUGUUGGAUCUCUGGUAACGGUUUGGCUGUCAACAGCCCCAACUGAGCCUCUGACUCAUUGGUACCAGGUGCAGUGCCUCCUGCAGACUCCUCUGGCCAAGGAAGGGGAGACGCUGUCAGGGAAAAUGCUGUUUGUAGCCAAUAAACGACAGAGCUAUGACAUUCAGAUCGUGGCGCUGGUGAACCAAACAGGCUUCAGAUCUGAGAACAUCCUUGACUUAAAGAAUCCUUUCUUUAGGUAA